CAGUAAUCCUGUUUUUGUGUAAUGCAUUCCCUGGAGUAGUUAGCCUAGUUACUAAGAAACCUGGAGGUUGGCUUCUCAAGGUAAGAUGCUGUUGAUCUAUCCCCCUCCCCUCUUUUUUUGUUAGUCUCUGAUAUAUUCAUUUUAAAAUAGAAAUGUUUUGUCUGAUUCUAUACAUAUGCUAACGUUUUCAUGUGUAAAUACUGCUGAAUGUAUGCACUAUCCAGUCUUUAAAGGGUUAAUGGUAUUGUUUACGUUAUAAAAUAUGGACAUUUUUUUUAUUUUAUUUGGUAAUGCAUUUAAAGCACAAUAAAAAAAUUUUUUCAUAAUUUUUCAUAAUUUUUGUUUCAUCAUUUUUGAGUUGACUGAGGAUUGAAAAGCAGUGUUUAAUAAAAUUAGCCAAUCAUCUGGUAAUUAAGGAGUUAAAUGUAUUUUGAGUUACAUUUGAUAUGAUAGAGAGAGAGAGAGAGAUAAACCUUAUUAGUUGAGAUUGGUAUGUCUGUUGUCAUUGCAUUCGUAAACAGGUUCUUGGUCAAAUGCAAUGUCUGCCAAAAUAGUAUUCCAAAUUUAAUAUGUAAAUGAGUAAGCAUAUAAAUAAAAUAGUAUAGUAGAACGACUGGCAAUUCUGUUAGCACAGCCACAUUUUGGUUUAUAAGAUAUAUUGAGGAUACAAUGUAUGGAUGUCUCUUAUUUCAAGACCAAAAACUUGGGCUAGUUCAGACAGACAGAACUAUGCAGACUGUAUAACCUUAUAUACGAUUGCUUUUGUCCUUGUGAUGCUGCUGUAAUACUACUGAUAACACUACUGGGAUUUAAUAGGAGUUAAAAUCAAUUGGAUAGCAUUGAGAUCAUACCUCUACAGUCUGUCUAUUCUGGGGAUAAAAUAUGGGAUAUGGGAGAAAGCAUAACGUUACAUUGUAAAAUACACCAGAGACACUACUGAUCGUUAAACUGCCUUAACAUUUUCUGUUCCGGGAAGGAUUGCACAAUAUGACUGGUACCUUAUAGGUUCGAAAGUAAAUUAUUAUGUUUUUGUUAUUGUAUUAAAGAACUUUUCUCUUCUUUUCUAGGUGAGAGGUUUUAUACCUCUUCUCUUUUCCAGAAAGUCAGUAGGAUUUUGAGAUCAAAUUUUUCUGUGUGCUUUAGUAAGAUCCACUGCCAACAGCCAACUGGGAGCCAGACCAAGCACUUAUUUGGUCAAUAACUAUGACAGUUGCGACUGGAGAUCCCACAGAUGAAGCUUCAGCGCUGCCAGGCCACCCCCAGGACACUUAUGAUCCCGAACCAGACCAUGAAUGUUGUGAGAGGGUCGUUAUAAAUAUUUCAGGGCUGCGGUUUGAAACGCAGUUGAAAACUUUGUCACAGUUCCCGGAAACAUUAUUGGGAGAUCCUAAAAAGAGAAUGAGAUACUUUGACCCACUGAGAAAUGAAUAUUUCUUUGAUCGAAAUAGACCAAGUUUUGAUGCAAUCCUUUACUAUUACCAAUCUGGGGGCCGGCUAAGGAGACCCGUCAAUGUACCAUUGGAUAUAUUUUCGGAGGAAAUUCGGUUCUAUGAACUUGGCGAAGAAGCCAUGGAGAUCUUUAGGGAAGAUGAGGGAUUUAUUAAGGAAGAGGAACGUCCCUUACCAGAUAAUGAGUACCAGAAGCAGGUGUGGUUGUUAUUUGAGUAUCCUGAAAGCUCUGGACCUGCCAGGAUUAUAGCUAUUAUCUCAGUCAUGGUGAUUUUAAUAUCUAUUGUCAGCUUCUGCCUUGAAACUUUGCCUAUUUUCAGAGAUGAAGAAGACAUGCCUGGGAAAAAUUACGACCCAAGUCCCAACAGCACUCAUGGAUACCAACAGCCUAACACUUUUAAAGACCCUUUCUUCAUUGUGGAGACCCUUUGCAUUAUCUGGUUCUCAUUUGAGUUUCUGGUUCGAUUUUUUGCCUGCCCAAGCAAAGCUGGCUUCUUCACCAAUAUCAUGAAUAUAAUUGAUAUAGUUGCCAUUAUUCCUUACUUCAUCACACUAGGUACAGAGCUGGCAGAGAAAUCCGAAGACGGGCAACAGGGUCAACAAGCUAUGUCUUUAGCAAUUCUUAGGGUUAUUAGACUGGUUAGAGUAUUUAGAAUCUUCAAGCUUUCCAGACAUUCUAAAGGUCUCCAGAUUCUGGGACAGACCCUCAAAGCCAGCAUGAGGGAAUUAGGUCUUCUAAUAUUUUUUCUCUUUAUUGGUGUUAUUCUUUUUUCCAGUGCAGUGUAUUUUGCAGAAGCUGAUGAGCGAGAUUCUCAGUUUCCCAGCAUCCCAGAUGCCUUCUGGUGGGCUGUGGUUUCCAUGACAACAGUAGGAUAUGGAGACAUGGUCCCUACAACAAUAGGUGGCAAGAUAGUAGGCUCCCUGUGUGCUAUUGCAGGCGUUUUAACCAUUGCCUUGCCUGUUCCAGUCAUAGUGUCUAAUUUUAAUUACUUCUAUCAUAGAGAGACAGAGGGAGAGGAGCAAGCACAAUAUUUGCAAGUAACAAGCUGUCCAAAGAUUCCAUCUUCCCCUGACCUUCAAAACAGUAGAAGUGCCUCCACGCUCAGUAAAUCUGACUACAUGGAGAUUCAGGAAGGUGUUACUCAUAGCAAUGAAGAUUUUAGAGAGAAGAAUUUAAAAACUGCAAAUUGCACUUUAGGAAAUACCAACUAUGUAAAUAUAACCAAAAUGCUUACUGAUGUCUGACUGACUUUUUCAUUGCAAGGGUGUCUGGGACAAUUGCAGUGCUUGUGUAAUGCAAUAAUCUGCUAGGUCAUAUAUUUCUAGGUGUGUCAAUUCUGCAUGGAAAGCAAUAGCUGUGUAAUGUGAUGUAUAUUGCAUUUCCAAUUAGAACAUAACUUGUAGAACAUCUAAUAUUAAGCGAGGGGAAUUUUGACAGCUUUAUGACCGAGAAGCAAAGAGAAUCUUUUUUAGGCUGCAUACCAGACCAGAUGUACUGCUUACUCUCACAAUGUACUUACUGGCAGAAGGAAAUUCCUUCCCAGCCAUGUUGCCAACAUGGAACUGAAAGGCUUCAGCUGCUGCAGACCCUCUUUGAGAAUAUAGCUGCUAGACAUAGCUGUGCUUUAUCAAUAUCCUAAAAUGAAACUGAAUGAAGCACCGCAAAGGUUGCCAAAAGAGGGUCUGCAGCUGCCAUAUGGACUUUACAUUUUACUUUGGUAAUAGGCCUCAAAAGUUGGUUACCUAUAUCGUUACGAAGACACGAAUGUGGGCAACCAGCCACCCUGCACAUAUGGCUCAUGCAUAAACCAUUACAAGAACAUGAUUGUCCAAAGAAAUGUAUCUUACGUGUACUUAAAGACACUAUCUUAUUUAUAAAACUCUAGAUUAGAAACAGAAAUCUUUUGGACAUGUCAACUCGUAAGCUGUAGGAAUCUCCAAUUUAAUUGCACUUAAAUAAUAAUGCACAUACGUACAUCCCGUCAUUUCAUGCUUUAAUAAUGAUUAGGAUAAAGGAUUAAGAAGCCGUCCAUAUUUUAAAGGAGAACAUAUAUAUUUUUGUAUAUCAGAACUGCAGAGGGAUGUAGGACAAAUGGCUAUACCUGAAGACAUCUGUGUUCUGCAGAUCUAUGCAUACUCAUUACAAACACUCGUGCAUAAAUACAUGACAGUGGUCUAUUGCUUCCUCACUCUAAUCAGUCUCUAGUGUUUAAUACAAUAAAUAGUUCAUUUGUAAUGGCUUAAAGGAAAAUACACAAAUGUUGAUAGCCAUUUUAGGUGUCAUACCAACAUGUUGUAAGGCAACAAUGGGUUAAACGAUUAAGGGAUAUCACAGUAUGGGGUUCUGGGAUUUUCCUCCCCUUGUUGACAGAUGAGAAAGGCUGUGGUAAAGCUAUUGACCUAUGGAAGGUAACCCAUGUGAACGAAGUCUAUGUAAAAUACAUGUAUGCAUGUUCAAAUAAUGGAAUUUUAGCUAUUCCCAACAAUCUAGUCAGAAUGCCGAUCCACAUCUGUAAGGUUGAGAUGUUCUGUUGUACUUCCUUUUGUAUGUGGGUAUAUCUGUCUCCUGAAGAACUUGAUAUAUAUUAUCUAUUGCUAAUAAAUUGGAGGGGUAUAUAUUACUGUUUAAAGUGCUACAAGUCCCCUCCAAUGUUGAAGGACUCAGGUGUUUCGUGAUAGUCUAUGAUAGUGCUGUCCAACAUAUUUUUCAUGACGUAGGCCAUAAAAGAUUUCGUAGUGGACCCGGUCCAUAUAAAUACAGUGAUCUAAUAAAACAGACUACCCGAGGUGUCCUAAAGCAGGGUUGUGGACAACCCAUGGGUGCUUGUGUGUUUUUUCUUACCUGCAGGAUUCUUGUUGGACUACUCAAUUUUUAUGACAUAGUUU